AUGGGAAGGCUGAUCGCUUAUCACCUGGGCCGCAUCUGGACCUGGUGCCGCGACACGAUGAGGAGGAUCAUCCAGGAGAUAGACACGGACGGCAACGGCUCCGUCGACCGGGAGGAGAUGAUCGAGGCGCUCAGCAGGUUCAAGGACACUGUCGGGGCGGAGAUACGGAAGUCCCUUCGCGUCCUCAGGGACGACGACGGGGCAGGCGCACAAGAAUCCGCGCGGAAGUCCAUCGCCAACAAGGAGAAGAACAUGUACAACAUCAUCAGUUUCGUGCUGAUGGUGACCUUGGCGCUCAUGCUCACGCACGAGCCCCUCAUCUGGUGCUCGAAGGCCGAUGACUGGCCUACGACGGUGUGCGAUGACAUUAGGGGCAUCAGCUACCGCUAUUCCAUCAUGGCCAUGAUCGCGAUGGCCGUACACUGGUUCAUCCUGAUAGAUCUGGCCGUCUUCAACACACAGAUCUCCGCGUUCCUGCUUGUGCUUGGCCACGUGGUUGGCGAGGUGAGGCAGUUCCUGAUUGCGGUCGGCUUCUUGCUUCUAAUGUUCGGUAGCGCCAUCAGCAUCAUGUGCCGUAAUUGCCCCACCGAGGGUGGUGACUAUGGCGAUAUGCCCAACGCGAUUGUGACGCUCUUCUCCAUCACCGUCAGCCUGUACCAGGGCGACUUUAGGCAGAUCGACGACAGCCCAGCGCUGCUCAUCUCCGUCUUCAUCUUCCUGACACUUUCCGUGAUCCUGCUUCUAAAUUUGCUGAUCGCCCAGCUGAACCGCUCCUACGAGUACAUCUACAAGGACAUGCUGGGAUUCGCCCGCCUCAACCGCGCGUCGCUCAUCGUGGACGCCAUGAGGAGCGAGCAGAAAAAAACGAAGUGGCACAAAUACGUGGCGGGCUUGAAGCUCGACGAGAGGGUAGAGUUCGACGAGGGCGACCUGGGACUGGCUGGGUGCAUCCAGGUUCUCGAGGACGCCAAAUUGCAUCGGCAGUUGACGGAGAGCAUCAGCCGGUACGGCGGCACUUCUUCGUCGUUGGAGCCCUGGCCGGAGGACAAAUCGGAUUUACGGUUGGAGAACAACGAGGAACGCCUGGACCGCCUCGACGCGCUGAUCCAGAGGGCGCUCGCCAGGUUCGAGAGCCGCGGGCGCCAGGCCAGCGGCUCCUCGGGCCAGUCGGGGCAUGGCAGCCGCGAGGCGAGUCGCGACCAGGACAGCCUGGCAACGGGCAGGGGGCGCCCGCGGAAGACCGUUGGUUGACUGAAGGCUGCGGGUAGCGGGCAGCGCCUGGGAGAUGCAGCCAAGGAGGCACCGUGCAGCUUUUCUUUUGCACACAUGUGCACGCCACGUCCAAUGUGCAGUUCACGAGUUGCCGAAUGAUCUGCCGAUGCGCUGUCUAGGCGCGUUUUUUUCUUAUCCUGUCUUGUCCUGUCGAUUCCAGGGCCCACUGAGGCUCUGAUGUUGUGAUCGCUGCGCAGGCGGAGGGCGGCUGUAUUUUGAAGUCGUGCUGUCGCCACGGGUUCCUGCUGCGUUUGCUGCAAACCUUCGCCCUCGCGUGCGGCUCGGUUCCAGAUGAGGAAGAAGCGUUGGCCUGUAGCUUGCACCUGUCCUGCGCCUGGAGGCCCGCUGCGGCCCCGAGCGCCCGCUGUUUGUUGCUGUCUCUUCGCGCGCUGGGCCGCGCGCCUUGGCCCUGCGCGGACGGCUGCUGAUUAUUCAUGCCCUUUGGGGUGAUUCCCCCCCCUUCUUUCAGAGGAGAGCGAGUGGAGACAGCGGCAGACGGCCUUCGGGGGGCCCCCUCGUCGCCAAGGCUGGACGCAGCUGGGGAAACUUGUGCGCUCGGACCCC